CUUCAGCAGUGAUUUAAGCUCACAGCAAAGGCAAAAGCCGGGAAAAGCCACAGUUAGGUAUUUUAAUGAGCCACAGCAGAGAAAGAUGCCAACCCUGGAUGACAUUUUAGAGGAGAUCGGCGAAUUUGGCAGGUUUCAAAAACAAACCUUUUUCGUCCUGUGUUUGCUCUCCGCCGCCUUCACUCCCAUCUACGUGGGUGUCGUCUUCUUCGGGUUCACCCCCGAGCACCGCUGCUUCAGCCCCGGCGUGGCGGAGCUGAGCCAGAGCUGCGGCUGGAGCCUGGAGGAGCAGCUGAACCACACCGUGCCCGAGUGGGGCGGCCACGGGACUGCUUUCGGCAGCCGCUGCAGGAGGUACGACGUGGACUGGAACGCGACCGGCCUCAGCUGCACCGACCCCCUGGGCAGCCUCGCAGGCAACUGGAGCUCCAUCCCCCUCAGCCCCUGCCGGGAUGGGUGGCUCUACGACUACCCGGGGACCUCGCUUGUCACUGAGUUUAACCUGGUGUGCGAGGACUCCUGGAAGCUUGACCUCUUUCAGUCAUGUGUAAAUGCUGGAUUUUUUAUUGGCUCCAUGGUCAUCGGCUACAUGGCAGACAGGUUUGGCCGCAAGCUGUGCCUCCUGAUCACAGUCCUCAUCAAUUCAGUCUCGGGGCUUCUCGUGGCCUUCGCACCCAGCUACACGUGGGCGGUGGUCUUCCGUCUGGUCCAGGGACUGGUCAGCAAGGGGGGCUGGCUGACCGGCUACGUCCUGACUGCGGAAUUUGUUGGCUUAAGCUUCCGGAAGACCGUGGGCGUUAUCUACCAGCUGGCCUUCACCGUGGGGCUGCUCAUCUUCACUGCCAUGGCCUACGUGCUCCAGCACUGGAGGUGGCUUCAGCUCGCCGUCACCCUGCCCAAUUUCCUCUUCCUACUAUACUAUUGGUGUCUGUCUGAGUCCCCCAGGUGGCUGAUAACUCAGAAGCAAAAUGACAAAGCCAUGGAAGUUAUUAAGCGCAUUGCCAAGGGAAAUAAGAAGCAGCUACCUCUCUCGUUCCAGUAUCUCAAAUCUGAGGACGACGAUGGAGAAAAGCUGAAACCUUCAUUUUUAGACCUGGUCAGGACACCUCAGAUAAGAAAGCAUACAUGCAUAUUGAUGUACAGUUGGUUCAUGAGCUCCGUCCUGUACCAGGGGCUCAUCAUGCACAUGGGAAUAGCCAGUGGGAACAUCUACCUGGAUUUCCUCUAUUCUGCCCUUGUUGAGUUCCCAGCUGCCUUCAUCCUCUUGCUGACAGUGGAUCGCAUUGGCCGUCGCUACCCGUGGGCUGUGGCAAAUGUGCUGACGGGUGGUGCCUGCCUUGUUACAGCUUUAGUCCCAGACACUCUUUAUUGGCUUAAAAUGACCGCAGCUUGCCUGGGCAGGAUGGGGAUUACCAUGUGCUAUGAAAUGGUUUGCUUGGUAAACCCUGAACUGUAUCCCACUUUUCUCAGGAACCUGGGGGUGCUGGCCUGCUCGUCCAUGUGCGACCUCGGUGGGAUCAUAACACCCUUCAUCGUGUACAGAUUUGCAGAGCUCUGGCACGAGCUGCCCCUGGUUGUCUUUGCUGUGAUCGCUUUCAUCGGAGGUGGCUUGGUUCUGCUCCUACCUGAGACCAAGGGAAAAACUCUGCCUGAGACCCUUGAAGAUGCUGAAAACAUGCACAGGCAAAAGAGAAGAAAAGAAAAUACGAUUUAUCUCCAAGUUCUGACUUCAAAAGCCACUCCCAAGUAAAAAGGACCCACUUUGCCCCAGACCUGCCUUUGCCUGGGCAGAGGGGCAGCAGAACAGCCCUCACCCAGCGCUGACGGAAGAGCUGCACUAACACAGCCAGCUCUUCCCUGGCUUGCUCGUGCACUGCCAGCAGCCAGAGCUGCUCCCAAGCUGCACGUCAGCUCCUGGAUUUCUACUUCAGCCCCUCAUGGGCCAUCCCUUCCCUGAAUUUCUCUGCCUUCUGAGUACUUUAAUAUUUCUGGUGUUCCUGGGUAUCCAGUAGCAGUGACUCUUAUGACUUGGGCAGGACUAUCAUGAAGGAUUUUUUUUUUUAUUUUUAAUUAUAGCAAACAAAACAAAAAAUCAGACCUUUAGGCUGCUCACUUCUGUAGCAAGCAGGAGUGCAUUUGUUCUCCCAACCCCCCCAAACACAUUUCAUCUGAUUUUACAUGAAAGAAAGCAUGCAGA